AUGAUACUCCUACAUAGGGUAUAUACCCUCUUCUUAUUCCUUUCCACGUUGUUCACGACAAUCUUCGCGUUACAAGCCGACCUAGCAGGAAUAGUAGAUUGGCAUCGACCGUUAAUUGGUGAAUACAUCUUAGAACCCACCCCACCUAUAUUUGUGGAACACAAGGAUACAAGUAGGGUUGUUGGUUUAACUAAGAAGAAUGUCUUGGCUGUGCUGGAUGUAGAGAAUGGUGAUAUAGUAUGGAGACAUCAUUUCGAGGAUUAUGAUCCAGUCAUCUCAUUCCAUGUUCAUAAUGAUAAAAUACUCUUGCUUUCUGGUCCUGGAGGAUCUACUGCCCGACUGUUUUCGCUAUCGACCGGUUCACUCUCAUGGGAGAAAUCCGUCAUACCGUAUGAGGAGCAGAUACGUGGUGGUGGAAUCUUGACUACUCCCUAUCACCUUGGUACGGAUGUCAGCUUCGUACCAUCCCAUGAAGGUGAAAGUGGAGAUGAAAGUGUUGUGAUUUUGAGCGAUGGGAAGAGGAUUACUAGAUUGGCAUUGAAAGAUGGGAAACAGCUAUGGGCCACUGAAGUACCUGGCGCUGGCUCAACUAUCCUUUUCAAACAGCUGGUCUCAAGCGGAUCAUCCAUUCACGUACUAGGCAUCCAAAAUGGUAUCUCGGCACAGAUGUUGUUGACUACAACGUUAGAUCUGAGAACAUCAAUACCGAAAGCAGAUUUAGGUCAAAUACCUUCAAUAGUCAAAAUACCCGAACAAGCUCUCAUCUCUUCUACCGGUGAUGGGGAAACCAAAGUGGUCUGGACGGAACAUGGUAGAAUUAGGAUAGUGGCCAUCAAAGAGGACGGGUCGGUAGGGAAGGAGAUCAAAGAUCUUUUACCUGGAAAAGGGAAAGUGUACAAUGAGAUCAUUGAAGUAGGCACCAGAACAAGAGGUAUCAUACUGGGCCGACGAUCCGAUGGAGGAGUGGAUGUUAUCAAUGUCAUUAAAGGGGAAAAGGUUGGGGAGUUUGAGCUUUCGACCAAGUCGGAUGAGAGGUCGGACUCUGUAUAUUCUGGUAUCAUCACGGCCAAAGGAGUCAUACUCAAUCGAGUAUAUUGGUCCUUUAAUAUGGCUGUCGGAGUCGCUCAGACCAUCAAUAUCCCCAACGUUGAAUCGACAGACAUCAUCACAUCCGGCUUCACCUUCUCUUAUGAUACCGCCUCGCACGGGACUUUCCUCCAUGCCGCCGUAUCUCCCACUCUAUCUGACAAGCAAUUGCCUGUUCUGAUCCUCACUACAUCGAGCGGUGCCAUACAGCGAAUGGAGCUAGACAACCCUGGCUGGGUCCGCGAGGAAUCGUUGGCGGAUAUCAAAGCAGCUCGAUUCGUUGAUCUUGGUGAACCAGAAACUGAGGAAGUGAGAGAAGUCUUAGCGGAAGAGACCUUUGUCGGCAGGCUGAGUAGGCAUCUGGCUGAACUCAAGGAUCUACCCGGAUAUGUCAUUCGAUUUGCCAAGCGAUUCACAGCCGCUUCGUACACUUCUGCAUUGCAAGUCACACCCUUAAACACUACUCACCUUCAUCGAGACCAAUUCGGCUUCCAGAAACUGCUCAUAGCGGCAACCGCGAAAGGAAAAGUCUUUGCACUCGAUUCGUCCACCGGGAACGUCAUCUGGUCUCGAAAUCUAGGCUUGACGAGCGAGAAAGGCUCCGAAAUAGCAGUUGAGGAUAUUUGGAAUGUAAGAGAUGGUGAAGGUGGCCGAGAACCUAUGUUGGCUAUUUUGGCUACUAAGACUGUGGGAGAGACUAUAUCCACAGUCGCAUACCAUCUCAAUGCUUAUACCGGCCUCAUCUCAGGGGAAGUCGACCCCAUCAACCACCUACCACUAGGAAAGACACUGUUCGAGGGAAAAGCCCUAAAUGCUUUCUUGCUUCCAUUCGAGAACUGCGGCUCAAAAGCUACUGUCUUGGCUGUGAUCGAUCCCUCCAAUUCUCUCCACAUUUUCCCAUCAUGCAAAAAAGUACUCGGAGCGAUCGAAGGUAUAUCAGAUACGUUAUUCUACACAACUCAAAGUCGAUCUAUCGAUAGAACGAUCCUUCGGGGCUUUAUACCAUCUACGGCCACUCAAGGGGGCGCAUUGAAUGGCGAGGUGAUCUGGCAACAUCCCUUUGCCGAAGGAGAAGUAAUUCUAGAGACACAACCUGUUAUAUUCGAUGCGAUAGCUUCUUUCGGUCGAGUUCUAGGCGACAAGUCGACUCUAUACAAGUACUUGAAUCCUCACUUGCAGAUCAUAUCGACUUUCACGCCUUCCACGAAAGGUGUAUCAUCAACAUCGCUAGAAGGAGUUGGAAAGGCGUAUGUUAUAGAUACCACCAAUGGCAGAGUGGUGUAUCAGACCGAGAUCGACGGUGUGGUAGGUAGAGGCGGCAUCAAAGUUGGCAUGGUAGAGAAUUGGCUGGUUGUCAGUUGGUCAGAUCAGAGAGGAUGGAAGAUUGCUAGUACAGAGCUAUACGAAUACUCGGACAAGAAAGGCGUCACACCUUCACAAUCCACCUUUGAGGAAACUCCCGUCAUCGCUAUCUCGCAAUCUUUCAUCUUGCCCACCGAAGUGAAGACAUUGGGCUUCACAACUUCAAAAGCUGGUAUAACAACCAAGGAAGUUAUCAUCGUAAAUGGUAAAAAUCAAAUCGCUACUAUUCAUCGCAGACUGCUCGAUCCUCGUCGACCGGUUGGAAAACCAAGUUCAAGGGAUAAAGAGGAGAUGUUGAUUCCCUAUGAGGCUUUGAUACCUGUGGAUCCAAAGAAAGUGAUCUCACAUACAUAUCAGAUACUCGGAGCCAAAACUCUCUUAACUUCACCAGCAUUGGUCGAAUCGACUUCACUCCUAUUCGCAUAUGGUCUAGACCUAUUCCUGACCAGAGGUAUAACACCUUCGGGAACAUUCGAUAUCUUAUCUGACACAUUCAACAAGGCUCAGCUACUUUUGACUCUUGGUGCUUUGACGAUAGGUAUCUUGGUUGCUGGACCAGCAGUGAAGAGGAAGGAAUUGAAGAAUAAAUGGUACUGA